UAGUCUGCCCGGGUCUGCAACAGACAGCUGAGGGGUUUCCAGACGGGGGAUCCCAGCUUCAUUGCGGCCUUAAAAUAUCGAAACGCAGAAGUCUGAAGUUUAUUUCAAUGGCGAAAACGUACGAUUAUCUCUUUAAACUCUUGCUUAUCGGAGACAGCGGAGUCGGCAAGACAUGUCUGCUGUUCAGAUUCAGCGAGGACUCCUUCAAUACCACCUUCAUAUCUACAAUAGGAAUAGACUUCAAAAUCAGGACAAUAGAGCUGGAUGGAAAGAGAGUCAAACUUCAGAUAUGGGAUACUGCGGGCCAGGAGAGGUUUCGCACCAUCACUACAGCAUACUAUAGAGGAGCAAUGGGUAUUAUGCUGGUCUAUGACAUCUGCAAUGAGAAGUCCUUUGAGAACAUAAAAAACUGGAUUAGAAAUAUUGAAGAACAUGCCUCAUCUGAUGUGGAGAAGAUGAUCCUGGGCAACAAAUGCGAUAUGACUGACAGGAGACAGGUGUCUAAAGACAGAGGUGAAAAACUGGCCAUUGAUUAUGGAGUUAAAUUCUUGGAAACCAGUGCAAAGUCUGGCUUGAAUGUUGAAGAGGCUUUUUAUACCAUGGGAAGAGACAUACUGCAUAAUCUGAGCUCAAAGUCGACUGACAACAGUGCUGGAGGAUCAGGCAAACCGGUCAAGAUCACAGAGAAAAAGUCGAAGAGAAUUAAAUUCUUCAAGUGCUCGCUCCUCUAAGGUGCUCACGUAUGUGGCGUGACAUUGGUGUUUUGGAGGGUUUCCGCCUUUUGGCCUUCCUCGCUGCGGAGGCGGCCGUGGUCAUAUAAUCAUGGGGCCUUAUUGCCAGCUGGACUUACAGGUUCAGGGGAGGCUGAGAUGCUACCCUGAUCUGCUGACCAGACGAGGAUCAAUGAGGAACGAGGCUUUACAUGUGUUCAUGCAAAAAGACUGAUGCAUGAAUAUCAGCAGUGGUUUGUAGCUCACCCUGCAGUGCCUGCUGACUGUGGACAUGUCUGUAGGAUCUCUUAAAAAUAUCUGUUACAAAUAUUGGUCUCAUAAAUGGUAAAUGAAGAAAAACAGAGUAUUUCAUACAACGUAGCAUCAUUUUAUACGCACUACCUAUUGUUACAUUUACUAUGACGAUGCUGUAAGAUAAUCAUAUGGAGUUUCAGAAUUGGUUGUAAUUGUCUGUGUGAAUUCAUAUAUAUUAAGAUUGUGGUAUCCAGUGUUAAUGCCAUCAUUUCUAAU